CAGAAGGUUCUUGUUCCUGUGCUGUUGGUGUUGCACUUGCCUAGUCUAGCAAGAUGACUGCUAUACGAGAGGGACGGGUUGUGAUUGUUGGCAGUGGACUCAUUGGACGCAGCUGGGCCAUGGUAUUUGCUUCUGGUGGUUACCAAGUAAAACUUUAUGAUAUUGUGCAAGAACAAGUAACAACAGCCCUGGAAAAUAUUAGGAAACAGAUGAAAGAACUUGAGGAGAUAGGAAUGCUGAAAGGAACACUGAAUGCUGAACAGCAGCUGUCCCUUAUUAGUGGUUGCACAGAUCUAAAAGCAGCAGUAGAGGGCGCCAUUUACAUUCAGGAAUGCACACCUGAGAACUUAGAACUGAAAAAGAAGAUUUUUGGCCAGUUGGAUCUCAUCGUCAGUAACAAUGUUAUUCUAAGUAGCUCGACGUCCUGCCUUUUACCUACGAAAUUGUUCACUGGACUGAAACAUGUUAAACAGUGUAUAGUGGCACAUCCUGUAAACCCACCAUAUUAUGUGCCUCUGGUUGAGCUGGUUCCCCACCCAGAAACAGACCCAUGUACACUGGAGAAAACUUAUGCUCUGAUGAAGAAGAUUGGACAGUCCCCAGUUAGACUGACAAAAGAGAUCGAUGGCUUUGUUCUGAACCGGCUCCAGUAUGCAAUUAUUAGUGAAGCAUGGAGGCUUGUUGGUGAUGGAAUAAUCUCUCCUGUUGAUCUGGACCUUGUGAUGUCUGAUGGCUUGGGGAUGCGAUACGCUUUUAUGGGACCUCUGGAAACUAUGCAUCUGAAUGCAGAAGGAAUGCUCAAUUACUGCGAGAGGUACCGUGAAGGAAUAAUACGCGUCUUGAAAAGCUUUGGGCCAAUACCAGAAUUUACUGGAGUAGCAGAAGAAAAAAUCAAUACGGCAAUGUGUGAAGAGACUCCAGCUGAUUCGGAGCAUUUGAAUGACAGGAGGUGCUGGCGAGAUAACUGCCUCGUGCGCCUGGCAAAGCUGAAAAAGGAAAUAAAAUCGGAUGAUUUGCAUCACCUUUAAGCUACAGGAGCCGUCACCAUCAGACUUGGCAUAUGGGUGGUUGCAUCCUUUUCACAGGCAAAAAUGCCUGCGUUGUGCAGAAAGAAAAGGUGAUGUAACAUGCAAAAGAUUAUUGCUGUAGUCAGUUAAUUACAAUUAAUAUAUUUUCAUCUGAAUAUCAUCAGAAGCUUGUUUCUAGGUGACAUUUUAAAGCCAUAUUCUUAAGCCUCUUGAAGGGAAAGGCACGGAUUUAAUUGGGACUACAUACCUGAUUAUAUUACAGAUUAUAUUACAGUUUAAAUACUUCAAGCCAUUGAAGUGAAAGACGGUUUGCAUUUUAAGCAACAUCCUGUAUUUUAGUACACAGAAUGUGCAGCAAGUAUGUAUCCAUAAAUGUAGUGAUUUAGGUUUUUCCAGCCCUCAGAUUUCUUCUUGAUAUUUUCAUCAUCUUGAAUGUUAACAGCAUUGAAUCCAUUCAUGCAUCUGACAAAGUGGGGUCCAGCUCACAAAAAGUUGUUCUGUAAUACAUUUGUUAUUUUUUAAGGUGCCAGAAAAUCCAGUUAUUUUGACUGAAGCAGACUACAACAGCUUUCCCUUCUAGAACUGAUAAAGAGUAUUGAUAAUAAUAUAUCUUUUAUUACCUUGAACCCAAAUCUGUAUUUUCAGUCAUAAAUAGAUUGCUGGCUGUUCCUCUGGACUAAAUUUGUCUGUAUUUAGCUUUCUAUUGGCAGGGUAACCUGUCACUCCCCACAGACCUAUCGCACCCCAUCACAAUCCUAAAUAUAUUUGAAAGCAAGUAUAUUUCAUGCAUAUUAAUGGACCUUACUUUUAAACAAGGGUGCUUCGUUUCAUAGUCUUUCUUGUAGUGCUGGAUUGUGGGUGUCCAUAUUGGGAGGACAACAGCAGAAACAAAUGAUCAGUGAAAUCCUAAGAAACCUUUCUGGGAGUAAGCCCCUUAAACAGACCUGAGUAGGAUUCUGAGUAAACCUCCUUAGGAUUGCUCUCGAUGUUAAAUGCAGGAAAACAUACCUUUUAGUCUGGCUUCCUGUGUUAGCAAAGCACAAUUCUGCCACUAUUCUAGAUGAAGAGAGUGGCUUAUUUUUCUUAACAAGCCUCUAAGCCUUGGGUAUCAUAGAGACAAAUCAAACAAAUGGCUCAGUCACUAGUUUGUACAUAUAUUUGAGUGCUUAUAAAGAUUAAAAAAUAUUUUUCUUAAAAUCCAGGAUAAUACAUAUAGGAUUUUAUUUUAUUUAGGCCAUUUCUGUGCCACCUUUCCAUAUAAAAUUUAAUAAAAAUUUAAAAACUAUCAAAACAGUAAACAUUGCUUAACACAGGAUUAAAAACCAGGGCAAGAACUUACUUUAUUAAAAAAAAAAAACUUUCAGCAAUUUUAAGAAGUCUUUCGCUGAUAUUGGAAGGCCUCAGUGAGGGGCUUAAAUAUCAUUCCCAGGGGGAACAGGGAUUCCAAAAGAUUGGGGCCCAAUCCAAAGGUGCUGUUAUGCAUUAUGCCAGUGUGACAGCCCCCGUGCCAGUGGAGGGUUGCUCUCCUGAGUGAGGGAACUGGUUUUUGCAAAGUCCUCCCUCCCGCUGCAGAUGCCCCACUUUGCUUCCCAUGACUUCCAGUAUAGAAUUUGGGGGGUGGGGGGUCUAGAGAGGCGCAGCAAGAAGGGGAGUUACAGGAAAGCCCCUUCCAAGAGCAUCACUCUGUUUGCAAUACCUAUGAUUGACAGUUGCCAUACUGAUGUUGAUGCAUAGUUUAUGUCAGCUGUGACAUCUGUAGGCCACAAGCAACAUACUCAGUAUUUUAAUUAUUAUUUUUACUUCAUUUAUAUUCCCCCUUUCUCCCCAGUGGAGACCCAAAGCGACUUACAUCAUUCUCCUCUCCUGCAUUUUUUCCCUCACAGUAAACCCUGAGAGGUAGGUUAGGCUAAGAGUUUGUGACUGGCCCAAGAUGACCCAGAAAGCAUUCAUGGCAGAGCAGGGAAUAGAACCUGGGUCGCCCAGAUCCUAGUUUAUCGCUCUAGCCACUACACCACACUGUACAAUAAAACAUAGAUAAACAUCUAGUACCAUGAACAAAUAUAUAGCAGAUUAAAAUUGCAAAUUACAAAUAAAAAUAAAGCAUACAUUUGUAAGUCCCCACUGGCCAUAAACUUUCCAGGUAUUAAAAUUGUCAGAAUUUCCAGUUCCAACAAAGAACUUCAAUCUUAAAUUUGGAUGAAUAAGACACUGCCAUAGCCUUAGUAGUUGUAUGAUCUUUGGCAGCAGUCCUAAGCAUAUUUACUUGGAAGUAAGGUCUCAUUAAAAUUAGUAGGACUAAUAUCUGAAUUAACAUGGAUGGGAUCAGGGUAUUUAUAUCAAGAAGUAUAAGGUUAAAGCAUGAUUUUUAAAAGGCGAAAUGAAAUCUCGGGAUGCUUAAUCUGAUGUCGAUGCUACAGUAUUAUCAACAAUCUAAAAGUAUGCUGAAAUUUAUAAAGAAUUUAGCUGCUUUGCAUACCCCCCCCAACAAAACGCAUCAAUAAUAUCCCAUACAAAUGAGAACUCACAAGUGAUUGGGAUUCCUUUGCUUCUCCUCCUUAUUUCCAGCAAUGAAUCAGUCAUUGGAAGUAGUAUGGGAUAGGCUCAGAGAAAGCCUGAGCUUAAUCCCUCCUGUCAUUGGUAGUUUAAGUCCCAAAGCAAUCAUUGAGGGGAGGGAUGCGGCCUAAGAGGCAAUGUGCCAAAGUAGCACAUUGCUCUGAGCUGAAUUUUUCCCAUCUUUCCCUGUGGUUCCUUCAGAAGUGAAGGGACUCUCGGGUGCAGCGAUGGCCUCUCCACAGAGAGCUUCUUGCGUUGGCCGAGGGCUCAACUGUAUGUGAUGCUAAGAGCUCUGUGAACAGCACUCCCAGUGUUUAUUGUGCUUUAAAAAUCAUGUGGGGAGCCUGUUCCAAUCAAGGCCAUGGAAUGAGGGGAGAGGGUUUUAAGCUUUCCCAAUGUGUCCUUUUCCCAAUCUUAAAUACCCCUUGGGAGUCUCUGUUUGCCCCACUGUUGCACCAGUAAGGCAAACAACAGCUCUGGGUCCAAUUAGGAAAACGGCAGAGGGAAGGUUAAAUGAUCCAUUGGUACUCUCGCGCUGCAGCAUUGGCUGCUAGUGUUACUCCAUGACAGCAUGAGCAAAGUGGCUUUUGUAGUAAGGGGACAUGUAGACAUUCCAUUUCAUCAGGGAUUUUUUUUUAAUGGGGAACACAUUGGAAUGGAGUUUCCUGCACCUCUUGAAAAUACUCGGCACUAGCGCUUGAAAAUAAUAUGAUUUCAAAGAAUCCUGUGUGUUUCUUCCUCAUUUCCCUCUUGAGAGUUCCGCCACCUCUUUUCCCAGGAAAAAAAAAACCCCUGCAUUUCAUAAACAGAUUUUCUUCUGCAUAUUGGUAACCACCAAGCUGCAUGAAUAUUGGCACAGGUUUUUAGUGUGUCUGUGUUUAAAAGUCAGACUUGCCAUUUCUUGUUCUAAAAGUAAAAGGAUUCUCACUGGAGUGGCAACCGCUAUGACACUGGGUUUUAAAAGAUUUCUGUGAAGAACCAGAUAAUCUUGUGGGCACCUUUGCUGGUUAAUCACUGCCUUGUUGUUGUCUGGAAGCCUUGUUCUGUGUGACAGCUGUCAAAGGUCAUCUUUGUAGAACACACACUGAGGAAUGAACCAUUGACCCCUCCACAAAAAGCAGAAGUUGCUAUCCCAUAGACUACAGAACUUAGUAAUGUAGUUGGUGUCUUUGAGGGCUUGUUGCCACAUUAAAUUUAUGUAACAUGAGGAAGACGCCUGGAUUUUCCUUCAUGACGUAAUCUUCCCACAUUAUAUUUUAAGAGGUUUUUUUUUUUACUGUGGACUGAAAUAACAACAGUACUUCUGUAUUUGUGGCUAGGCAACCUCAUUGUACAUACUACCUGAUAGAUUCCUCUAUGCUAAGAGCUCUGUGUUGUUUAAAACCUCAUUAACAGAUGUAAUUGAAAGAGAACUUGUAUUCAUCAUUUAAACUACUUUGUGGUGAAAUUAUAAUACUCUUUUAAAAUAAUUAUUAUAACAUUUAUUCUGUUUCAGUAAAUAUGGAUGUGACAUUUAAAACAACUCAUUUGUUUUAACUUGUGCGCUUUUGUUCUGAAUUCCUCUAAACUCUCUUACAAUGUUAAAUAUUCCCAUGUCUGCAUUUCAAUAAAUAUUUCUAAUUAAAUCCUCA